UGUGCAACUAUGUCGCACUCUCAGUGAAAACAAAAGCCAUGAUAAUAUCGGUUUCAGAGAUAUCCAGCAGGCUUUGUAUGAGCUUGCAUACCACGUUGUCAGAGGAAACUUAAAGCAUGAUCAAGCCUCUAAUGUUCUUGGUGAUGUCAUAGAAUUUCGGGAAGACAUGCCUUCCAUCCUAGCUGAUGUAUUCUGCAUAUUAGAUAUUGAAACAAGUUGUUUAGAAGAAAAAAGUAAGAGGGAUCAUUUUACACAACUGGUAUUAGCCUGUUUGUAUCUUGUAUCUGACACUGUCCUAAAGGAGCGUUUAGAUCCAGAGACACUGGAGUCAUUAGGACUUAUCAAGCAGUCUCAACAGUUCAAUCAGAAAUCUGUUAAAAUAAAGACAAAACUAUUUUAUAAGCAACAGAAAUUUAAUUUGUUGAGAGAGGAGAAUGAAGGCUAUGCAAAGCUCAUUGCAGAACUGGGGCAAGACUUAUCUGGAAAUAUCACUAGUGACUUAAUCCUUGAAAAUAUCAAGUCUUUAAUAGGAUGUUUUAACCUUGAUCCUAAUAGGGUUUUGGAUAUUAUCCUAGAAGUCUAUGAGUGCAGGCCUGAGUAUGACGACUUCUUUGUGCCACUGAUAGAGUCUUACAUGUACAUGUGUGAACCUCAAACUCUAUGCCAUAUCCUUGGCUUCAAAUUCAAAUUUUAUCAGGAUCCAAGUGGCGAGACACCUUCCUCCUUGUACAGAGUUGCUGCUGUCCUUUUGCAACAUAAUCUCAUAGAUUUGGAAGAUCUUUAUGUUCAUCUUCUUCCAGGGGAUAAUGCCAUCAUUGAGGAACACAAGCGAGAGAUAGUGGAAGCUAAGCAAAUUGUCAGAAAACUUACGAUGGUCGUCUUAUCCUCUGAAAAGACUGAGGAAAAGGAGAAGGAAAAAGAAAAAGAGGAGGAGAAAACUGAAAAGCCUCCUGAUAAUCAGAAGCUUGGUUUAUUGGAAGCUUUAUUAAAAAUUGGUGAUUGGCAGCAUGCACAAAGUAUUAUGGAUCAGAUGCCUCCAUUCUAUGCUACUUCACACAAGCCUAUUGCAAUUGCCCUUUGCCAGCUUGUGCAUGUGACAAUUGAACCUCUGUACCGCAGAGUUGGUGUACCUAAAGGAGCUAAAGGGUCACCCAUUUCUUCUUUGCCAAACAAGAGAGCACCAAAACAAGCAGACAGCUUUGAGGACUUGAGAAAGGAAGUGUUCAACAUGCUUUGUUACCUUGGUCCUCAUCUCUCGCAUGAUCCCAUUUUAUUUGCAAAAGUGGUGCGCCUUGGAAAAGCAUUUAUGAAAGAGUUUCAGUCUGAUGGAAGCAAACAAGAAGAUAAAGAGAAAAUGGAGAUACUAUUUAGCUGUUUGUUGAGUAUUACCGAUCAGGUCUUACUUCCAUCUCUUUCUUUGAUGGACUGCAAUGCAUGCAUGUCUGAAGAAUUAUGGGGCAUGUUCAAAACUUUUCCAUACCAGUACCGGUACCGUCUUUAUGGGCAAUGGAAGAAUGAAACAUACAACAGUCACCCACUUCUAGUGAAAGUUAAAGCUCAAACCAUAGACCGAGCCAAAUAUAUCAUGAAGUAAGUUGUCUAAUU